AUGGCGACCGACGAACAGCCCAAGAUCAAGCUCUUUUGGCUAAACGACUCCCGCGCGCAAAACAUCCUCUGGCUCCUCGAGGAACUCAACCUCAGCUACACGACCGAGGUCUUCCUCCGCCAGCCGAACCGUCUCGCGCCGCCGGAGCUCACGCAGGUGCAUCCGCUCGGCAAGUCGCCCGUGCUCGAAAUCACGCCACCCAACGGCGGCGAGCCCAUCAAGCUCGCCGAGAGCGGCUACAUCACGCAGUACCUCGUCGAGCACUUCGGCCAGAACAAGCCGUCGCUGGUGCCGCGCAAGUGGAAGGACGGCCAGGAGGGCAAGGUCGGCGGCGAGACGGAGGCGUACGCGCGGUUCCAGUACCUGCUGCACUACGUCGAGGGCACCUUCUUCCCGACGCUGGUGCAGUACCUCCUCUUCAGCAUCCUCAAAUCAGAUAACGUUCCCUUCUUCAUCCGCCCCAUCACCUCCCUCGUCGUCAACAAGGUCAUGGCCCUCGUGCUCUUCCCCAACGCGCAGAAGAACCUCGCCCUGCUCGAGUCGUAUCUCAAGACCGCGCCGGGCGUGACCGACGGCAACGGCUUCCUCUGCGGCCCGGAGCUUAGUGCCGCGGACAUCCUGCUCAGCUUUGGGCUGACGACGGCUGACCACCUCGGCGCGUUCGACGCGAUGGGCACCUGGGAGGGUGGGUCGGCGCGGGCGGCGUACCCCGUGGUGGCUGCGUAUAUCGACAGAAUCAAGAAGGAGCCUGGGUAUCUGAAGGCGCGGGAGAAGGCGAAGGAGAUUGAGGGGAGGAAGUAG